CUUACCAUUUACAUCUGCUCUUUGCUUUCCAGCUCAUAUAUUCUCUCCUUCCCCAUUUCUGGCUGCUAAAAAACCCUCAAGAAAAGUUUAGAUAUGGGAGGAAAUGGAAAGCACAGAUGGAUAUUUUCAUUUUACAAACGUUCUAAUUCAUCAUCUUCUCCAAAGCAAUCCAAAACCCUACCUCCACGUGAAUUCCUUUGUCCAAUUUCUGGGUCUUUGAUGUUCGACCCUGUUGUAAUCCCUUCAGGUCAAUCCUUCGAUCGAAUCUCCAUCCAAGUCUGCCGUGACCUUGGCUUUACCCCUACUCUUCAGGACGGCUCUACCCCUGACUUUUCCACCAUCAUCCCUAACCUCGCCAUCAAAACCACCAUCCUCGCUUGGUGUCGUGACCAGCAUGCUCAGGACCCUGCCCCACCUGAUUAUUCCUCCGUUGAAAAAAUCGUCCUUUCCAAGAUUCCAGAACAGACUUCUUCGAGAUUGACUUCGGGUCCUGACAUUCGGGUCUCCGAACGGGAACUUUUGAAAGCCGUGGCUGAAAAUCCGCCUGUUCUAUUCUCCCACGCCGCCACGGAAAUAGGUCCGUCCGUUAACAGUAGGUUAUUGUGCUCCACCUCCACCUCCUCUUCGUCCGAUGAAUCUGUUAUCGUAACUGCCAGUAGUCCCUACACGCCGUUGCCACUCUCUACCCGCCCCGCGUGUUUCUCAGCUUCCGGUUCUUCAUCUUCUUCUACUGAAAUUACCUUGUCUGAAACUCCAAAUCUCAAGUCCCAAUCUUCUUCUUCGUUGGAAGAACAAGAGCUCGUUUUAAAGCUCAAAAGCUCCGAUAUUUUCGAGCAAGAAACAGGUCUGGUUUUGUUAAGGAAAAUUACGAGGACUAAAGAAGAGGCUAGGGUUUCUCUUUGUUCCCCUCGGCUACUUUCAGCUCUCCGAUCUUUAAUCACUUCCAGAUACAGCGUUGUUCAAACCAACGCCAUUGCUUCACUCGUUAAUCUUUCAUUGGAGAAAUCGAAUAAGGUCGUGAUCGUACGGUCAGGGUUUGUUCCUCUUUUAAUAGAUGCGUUAAAGGCUGGAUCCAGUGAGGCACAAGAACAUGCUGCCGGCGCGCUCUUCAGUUUAGCUUUAGAAGAAGAAAAUAAGAUGGCGAUUGGAGUAUUAGGCGCGUUGCAACCAUUGCUUCAUGCUCUGAGAUCGGAGUCCGAGCGCACUCAGCACGAUUCAGCGCUCGCUCUUUACCAUCUCUCCUUGAUUCAGUCAAAUAGAGUUAAAUUGGUGAAACUCGGCGCCGUUUUGACUCUAUUAUCGAUGGUGAAAUCGGGGGAUUCAGCUAGUCGAGUGUUACUGGUACUAUGUAAUUUAGCUGCCUGCCCGGAGGGGAAAUCGGCGAUGCUGGACGCCAAUGCGGUAGCGAUAUUAGUGGGAAUGUUGAGAGAAAGCGAGUUGGUUUGCAAGGCAACUCGGGAGAACUGUGUUGCCGCGUUGUUUGCUCUGAGUCACGGUAGCAUGAGGUUCAAGGGAUUGGCGAAAGAAGCUAGAGCGGUGGAGGUUUUAAGGGAGGUGGAAGAGAGAGGGAGCGAAAGGGCCAAAGACAAAGCCAAAAGGAUUUUGCAGAUAAUGAAAGAUAGAAAGGAAGAUGAAGAUGAUGAGAUUGAUUGGGAAGCAGCAUUAGAGUCGGAUGGACUCAGUCGGACUCGCUACCGAGUUGGUAAAGAUGAUUUUGCUGCAAAUUCUACUGAUUUCUAGCACCUUUUUCCUUCCCUUCUUUUUUUCUUUUUUGUUGGUGGGUAAUUGGGCAUGUAAAUGUAAUAAGAGGGAGGAUAAUUUAGUUUUAUGAGAAGAAAUUUUGUGAACUUCUAGGGUCUUUUUUCCAGAAACUUGUUGAUAAUUUGGGAUUUUAGUGUGUAUAGGUCAAUUUCCUGUUGGGUUUUUAGGUUUUUAGACUUUAAUUGGAUUUUUGUAUUUAAAAGAAAAUAUGAUUUAUGUUAUAAAUUAAUGAAAUUGGAAACUUCUACGUUUUUUCAA